AUGAGUCUCAGGGUGGCUCUACUGAUUCAUUUACUACUGGCUGUUGACAAGGCUGAUUUGAAAAAGGGUGUCAAAUGUGGAGGAAUCCUCUCAGCUCCAUCUGGAAACAUCUCCAGUCCAAACUUCCCAGGCCUGUAUCCAUACAACAUCGACUGUUCCUGGCUCAUCGUGGUGGCAGAAGGUUCCUCGGUCCUCCUUACAUUUCACCACUUUGAGUUGGAGUACCACGCCAACUGCGCUUAUGACUACAUCAAGAUCUACAACGGCAUAUCUGAGGAUGAGGGCAACCUCCUUGGGACGUUUUGUGGCGAUAUCUCCCCACCACAGUUUACAUCAUCCUGGAAUGUCAUGUCCAUUAUCUUCCAUUCAGACCGGCAUGUGGCCUAUAAGGGGUUCAGCGUCGGCUACAGAAAAGACAUGUGCGGUGGAGUGUUAACUGGCCUCUCAGGUGUUAUUUCCAGUCCGGGCUACCCUCAGGAGUACAGUAACAACGCCGACUGCUCCUGGGCUAUCCACGUGUCCAACACCAGCGUGGUCAGCCUGGUCUUCUUGGACUUCCAACUGGAAAACAAUGAGGGAUGUAACUUUGACUUUGUCGCUGUGUUUGACGGCCCUACAGUCACACACCGUCACCUGGGCAAGUACUGUGGGGCAGACAAACCCCCGAAAACAGUCACCACCUCCAACCAGCUUCUGGUGGUCUUCAAGUCUGACUUCAACAUAGGGGGACGGGGGUUCAAGGCCUACUAUUAUUCAGGUGAAUGUCAGCAGGUGUUGUCAGAUGUCAGUGGUAACUUCAGCAGCCCACACUUCCCCAACAUUUACCCCAACAACAUCAACUGCCACUGGAGUAUCACUCUGGCAGCCGGAUACCGUAUCAAACUCUACUUCCCCGUCAUGGACUUGGAAGAUCGCAACAGCCUGUCAGACGAAUGUGACUAUGACUACAUUGCGGUUUACGACGGGGACAGCCAGACAGACCCGCUGCUGGGCCGCUGGUGUGGGAAGGACCAGCCUCCAUCUCUCAUCUCCAAGGGCAACAAGUUACUGGUGGUGUUGAGCACAGACCGAAAUGAGGCUCACAAAGGGUUCACCGCAUCUUAUCUGGGAGUGGUGCCUGUAAACGUUAGCUGCACAAGAUCAGAAUUCUCCAUUUUGAUACCCCAGCAGUCCCUGCCUCAGCUGGACCGUGAGAACAUCUACCUGGGAAAUCCAACGUGUGCAGCCCAGUUAACAACAAACUCAUAUAAGAUUCAAGCUCAGUUUGUCAGCUGUGGGACUGCUGGACAGAAACGUCGGAACAUCACCAUGAUGGUAAACAAACUCUACAUCGAUUUCUCUGAUGGAAAGCAGCAGAAUGUUCAGGAAUACAAAGUGCAGUGUGACGCCCAGCGGAAGGUAGCAUCAGUGUUCAUCAUCACAGCAGAGGAGCGGCGCCUGGAGGAAGAGGCCCAAAAAAUGGAGAACGGCAGCAACGGCAGCGAAGGGGAAGAGGAAGCCGUGUCACAUGACCUGAGCGACAUCGUCUUCAUAAGCAUCUGUGUCCUGGCUGUCAUUCUGAUGGUCAUAGCCAUUGUGUGGCUGGUGCUUCUUUAAAAUACAGCUACAAGGUUUUUUUUUU